UCCCAUCCUGACUGUGUUCCUAUAACGAACAGCAUUUUAUAUAAAUCAUUACACUUUUAACCUCAUUGUCGCGAAAAUGUGCGAUUCGGUGAAAGCUCAGAAUGCUUCAGUGAUGGAGAACCGUGUAGAUUUAAUGAAAAAACCUGGAGAAGAUCUAAUGAAGGCAACAUCGACGGACCAGAACGGCAACGAGCAGAAAGUUGGUAAAGAUCCACUUUGGAUUUUCGGCUACGGUUCUUUGUGCUGGAAUCCGGGUUUUGAAUAUCUUCAAGCAGUCAAUGGUUACGUGGAUGGUUUCUCCAGGAGAUUUUAUCAAGGGAACAUCACACAUCGGGGCAGCGAGUCACAGCCUGGCCGUGUAGCAACACUAGUAGAAGACAAGGAAGGCAUCACCUGGGGCAAAGCCUUUUUAGUUGCAGCUGAUAACGAAGCUGCGCUACCGUACCUGAGCACCAGGGAGUGCCAACUCGGAGGCUACAAAGUAGUCACAGUUGACUUCUACCCUCGCCUCCUGUCCCCUUCAAACAAUAACUACAUCACCGGAGAGAAGACAGAGGCUCUUAUGUAUAUAGCAGUGCCUGGUAACAAACACUGGCUGGGCACAGCUCCUCUCCUGAACAUCGCUGAUCAGAUCCUCAUAUGCCGCGGUCCAUCUGGGACAAACGUAGAAUACUUACUAAGGUUAGUAGACUUUAUGCGGGAUGAAAUCCCUGAAGCUUUGGAUGAUCAUUUGUUUUCCCUCGAAAGACUGGUCAAGAAGCUGGCAGCUGAAAAGAAGAUUUGCUUAAAGAGUAUGAUGGGUGUGCAGAAAGAGACGUCAGAGGUACAAACUUCAACGGCAAGCUUCCAGUUUGCUUCUAGAAUUCCGGAGAAGAAACUGCGCUGCGUCAAUAUGUAAUGGAUGGAUGGAAAUGGAUGAUCGCCCACGCUUAAACCAAUAGCUUUAAAUAGUUCCAUGCAUUCGGGUAUUAUUUUAAAUGUAUGUGAUAGCGGAGUCACAGGAAACUCAAGAGGGGACAUUUCACAUAAUAACAGGUGAGCAAGAUAAUUAAAAUAAACAAACAAAAUUUGUUAAAAAUACGACUGCAAUCAGACAUGUGAAUAAUUUAACAGACUAUAGAAAUCUUUUUAACGUUGCUUUGAAAUAAUUAAGUAUGAUGAUUUUAUUCAUUAAUCAUAAUCGAAUCCUAUUUUUUAAACGUGUUCAGAAAGACAAUUAAAGAACAAAAGCAAUUUACUGUAAACGAUAUUAAAUAAUUUUUGACAUUGACAUUGCGACAAAAUAUCGUUAAUUUUUCACAUAAAAUUUUAAUAAUUUCUGAUAUAAAUAUAUAAA